UCCCUCUUCCAUGACUUUGUUUUUUCUCUUUUUGUGCAGCUACGCUGAAACGAAGCCUUCGUUUAGCAAAUAAUGGAUACUACGACUCGAAUGGGAAACCAACAAUAUCAUACCGAGAGACGAGAGUCAGGGGGAUGCGAAGAAAACGCUUAGUAAGAAGGGGACUAAUAGAUGGAUACAGUUUGGACAGCUACCAGGAUAAUGAUAUGCUUUUCAAUAUAAAAGAGGAGAUUGUCACUCUCAUGCAACGUCAUGGGAUCAUCUGUUUCAUUUUGCUCCUUUUUGGAUGUAGCUGCCUAUUUUCUGCUCAGCACUUGCGAUCUUCCAAGUCAUUUGUUACUCAACCUACAGAGGACACAACAGCUACAGAGGACACUACAGCUCCAGUGGACAUGGUAGGUUUUCUCUUCCAAAUAUUAACUUUGAUUUAAAUAUCUUGAACAAACUUGAGAACAAUUUGUUAAUUUCAAUGUUGUGACAAACUUUCUGUCUCUUUAUAAGAAUCCAGAAAAGAUCCCAGAACCUUUCCACAAAGAUCUGCAGGAGAUGAAGAAGGAGAUGAAAAAGAAAUUCAACUACCUUCUGCCACCAGCGGAUCUUUGGCCAAACUUUGCUCUGGAGUCUCAAGGUGCAAAACUUGUUCCACAGAUGACUUCAGCAACAUUUCACAACAACAGAACAUGUAGAUUGUUUGGGAUAUAUUUUCAACAACAACCCUUAGGCCCAAACGUUGUCAUUCAGGGAAGAAAUCAUCUGAGUCCUGGACAAUGUUGGGCCUUUGCAGGCUUCCCAGGACGCUUAUCCAUCAAACUGUCCCACAGAAUCACCGUUACUCACGUGUCCCUGGGUCACAUUCCUAAGAGUAUAUCCCCGACUUUCACAGUCUCCAGUGCUCCGAAGGAAUUUUCUGUCUAUGGAAAGAAGCAUUUACACGAUCAGGAGAGUUUAUUGGGAACUUUUCAAUAUGAGGAGGAUGAUGACAGCUUACAGACCUUCAAACUUCCUGAAGAAAACAUGGACUCCUUCAACCAUGUCAGUCUAAAGGUGAAAAACAACUGGGGUCAACUGGACUACACAUGCCUCUAUAAUUUUAGAGUGCAUGGGGUAGUUGAAACAUGAAGUGGUGACUGGUGUCACAGCCUUGGC